AUGACCACCCCAUCCACCACCUCGUCCUCAGACGUGCCCUCUUCCCCCUCUGCUUCCUCCGAAAACGACACAAUCACAAACAACCGCGACGACGACUCCACCGGCGGCGGCUUCCUGCUCCACAGUCCCGAAUCGCCUCAAGCACAAAUCCCCCGCUCGUCCACCAGCGCAGUCCUAUCCUCCGUGUUCUCGCCAGACUAUGAACUGCUCGACGGAGAAUUUAACCCGUCAGCGCACGUCUCGACGCCGGCGCUUCAUUCCGCGCCCGCGGGUACGCAUAGGCUGUCGUCGGCGCAGCAGAGUAAGCUGAUCAACUAUCUCGAUGAGCAAUUGCUACUGGUCUCCCGCCGGUUUGUGCGCAAAUCCGCGCCGUCUGAUGACGAAGACGAAGACGAGGAGAUGCAGACAGUUGAUCACCCGGCCGAUCAUAAUGUAUACUCAACGAUCGAGCCUCUGAUAGACGACCUCGACAAACUGAUCGAUCUCGUAUGGUAUUCAGUACCGUCUACCCCUGUACCAUUCAUCCAGACGCAAUACCUACUAAGAAUCGCGGACGACUUCAACGACUACAUUCCCCACCUCCCUGUGACAGAGCCAGACAAGGUGUUUAUCCUUCUCAAAAAGCUAGAUCUCAUCUUCUUCGAGCUGAUCGAGGGCCACAUUCCCGCACACGAGUCGAUGUCGCAGAGUGCAUGA